CUUCCUGCUCCAUCUUCCCCAGGAGGGAAUCUGCCUUUUGAAUUUUCGCCUCGAUUAUUGCAGAGGUUGAGAAAUCAACAAAAAUGGGUUUUCUUCCAUUUUUUGUUGUCUUUGUCACCGCAGGUUUAUAGCGGAGGACCAAGAUAUUUCUAUGAGAACCCAUUGGUUCUGAGACUAGGACCUGAGAGAAAGGCUAAAACUGACAGAGCCUCCUGCUGAGAACAGAGGCAGGUUGGAGCUGAGGCACACCUGUUCUUAAGUCUGGGAAGGAAAAUGGCAGAUGAGCAAAGCAUUGUGGGAGAUCAGGCUCUGGUGGAUCAGGAGGAAGAUCCAGGAAAGAAGAUGAACGAACAGAACUACAAGCAAACUGAGUGUUUCAAGAGAGGGGGAAAAGCAUCUCCUCACAUCAUCCACUCUGGAAGGAAAAUACGAAAAAGGGUAAUGGCUCUGCAGGUCAAACAGGAGCCAGAGGAAAAGCUGCCCCAAAGCAAAAAAACCUUGGAGUUCCCAAAGUGGAAUCAGACCUACUGGAGCAACCAUCAGUUGACAGACCCCAUGACGCCAUGGGAAGAUAUUAAGGCCUUUCUGGCACAUUUUGAGGGAGCCGAUGAAGCCAGCCAGUGGUUAACUCACUUAGUCCCUAGCCUUGGGGAUGCUGAGGAGGCCCUUCACCGGCUUGAUGUCAGGGAGAGCUUUGGGAAAAUGAAAGCGGCCAUUUUGCAAGGAGAGGCUACCUGUCGGGAGUGGCAACGGCAGCGCUUCCGGCACUUCCGCUACGAGGAGGCUGAGGGGCCCCGGGAGGUGUGCACCCAGCUCCGGGAAUUUUGCUACCAGUGGCUGAAGCCGGAGAAGCGGACCAAAGAGCAGAUCCUGGAGCUGGUGAUCCUGGAUCAGUUCCUGACCAUCCUGCCCGCGGAAAUGCAGCACUGGGUGCGGGAAGGAGGGCCGGAGACCUGUACCCAGGCGGUGACCUUGGCUGAGGAGUUCCUGCUGCUGCAGCAGGAGGGUGAGAGGCAGGAAGAGCAGAACCUGUGGCUGUUUGAAGAUGGAUCCAUCAGUCGUCCCAAAGACAAGCAGUUGGAUUCAAAACAUAUUCUACUUAACAGAGAGCCCAAGGAAGAGGGUUUCACUGAUAACACAAGCUUCCAUGGUGAUAAUGAGGGAUCAACUGACAAUGAGAAGAUUUCUUCAAGGGGAAAUCUAAAGCAAAUGGGACUUAAUGGGGUGGUUCUUGGAAAAGCAAAAGACGUUUCCCUGCAUCAAGACCCAGAACAACCCACAGAGAAAUGGCACAGUCUAAAAAGGAAGCCAGGAACUAACCCAGUAAAAAAGGCAAGCCUCUCCAUUUUGGAAAAAGGCAGGGGAGAAUCCAAUGACACACCCUUUAGGUCCACAUUUGAGAGCUCAGAAAUCUAUGAUGGGAAUGAUUUUGUUGAGGAUUUCUUAAUCGAUGCCGAGGGUAAACCUCAUAAACGCUCAGAGUCUAGGAAAAUGUCAGGUGGGAGCCCUGACCUUGUCCAGCAUUUGAGUGAGAAACUGAAAAGGUGUCUGAGCUGUGGGAAAAACUUCCGUCAUGGUUUGAAUGUGGAUGAGGGAGAGGAAAACCAUCUAGAGGAGAAAUCUUACGAAUGCUCAGAUUGUAGGAAGAACUCCGCCAAGGUCUUGAGCCUUGUCAAGCAUGAAAGCCCACUCCUGGAAGAGAAAGUUUAUCCCUGUGUAACUUGUGGGGAGAGUUUCAGUUUAUACUCAAGCCUUAUGAAGCAUGAGCGAACCCACACUGGGGAAGAGUUGCGUAUACCCUUUGACUGUGAAAAAAUAUCACAUCAGAGUGGCAGCCCCCUAACCUCUGAAACUGUGACAGAGAAGCCAUAUAAAUGCCCCAUCUGCAGCAAGAGCUUUAGUAAAAGCUCUGGCCUUCGAUUUCACAAGCGAAUCCACACAGGGGAGAGGCCCUAUGAAUGCACAGAUUGCGGGAAAAGCUUCAGCCAGAAGUCCAACCUCAUCCUGCACGAGAGAACCCACACGGGGGUGAAGCCUUUCCGGUGCUCUGAUUGUGGGAAGAGCUUCCUUCGCAGCUCAGACCUCGUGAGGCAUGAAAUCACCCACACUGGUGAGAAACCGUACACUUGUUCCGAAUGUGGGAGGUCCUUCGGACACAACUCGACCCUUAUUGCACACGAGAGGACUCACACAGGUGAGAAACCAUACAAGUGCUCCACCUGUGGGAGAAGUUUCCGGCACCACUCGGGCCUUAUCAAGCAUGAGCGAACCCACACGGGUGAAAGGCCUUACCCAUGCCUGGCCUGUGGGAAGGGCUUCAGUCAGAGCUCGGGGCUAACAUUACACAUGAGGACUCACACGGGAGAGAAACCUUACCAGUGCUCAGUUUGUGGAAAGAGCUACAGUCAGAGGUCAAAGCUCACAAAACACGAGAGAAUCCACAUGGUGGAAAAACUGUUGCAGAAUACUGGUUGGAAGUCCAGCUUCAAUCAGGCACCUAGGAGGACAUUGUCCCCAACGGUCAAGAGAAAGAGACCAACAUCAACUGGUAUUCAGGCCUUUCAUGAGGAGCAGACCACCUUUUGCCUGAGAAAGAAAAUGGCUACCGAGCAAGGGAUUGUGGGGGAGUCGGUUUCACUGUUCCAAGAUGGACUCCAAUCUACAGGGCAAAUAGAACAGGACUUGGUAAGUCCCAAGCCAGAAGAAGAAGGCAAGGGACUGGAAGAUAACCCCCAUAACCUCCAGAUAGGAAAUGUGGAGGAAUUUCCAGACAAAUUGACACCCCCGCAAAUCAAAGAAGAAGCUGACGAGAGGUUGGCACAACCUUGGGAAAUGCAGUGGCAGUCCUUUCACCCAGGAUGGGGUGACCCACAGAUCACAGAUCCUACCGUAUGGGACAAAACAGGGUCUUUCCUGCCGUCUUUUGUGGGAACUGCUAACUCCAGCCAACAGCCUAGAAAAGAACAGCUGGCCCAACUCCAGCCUGGCGCAGACACAGGUGGCAGACUGUUUGCCAAAGAUGAAACAGACUGUCAGAAAGACGGGGAAGAGACAGUCGAUGUGGAGAUCCGCCGGCAGCACUUCCGGCAGUUUUGCUACAUGGAGGCCGAGGGUCCGCGGGAAGUGUGCAGUCGCCUUUGGUUCCUUUGCUAUCAGUGGCUGAAGCCUGAGAGACGGACCAAGGAGCAGAUCCUGGAGUUGCUAAUCCUGGAGCAGUUCCUGGCUGUCCUGCCUCCGGAUAUCCAGCAUUGGGUGAAGGAAGGUGGCCCCAAGUCAUGCGUCCAGGCAGUGGCCUUGGCCGAGGACUUCUUGAAGAGGCAGGAAGAGCCCCUGAGACUGGACUGUGAUCUCACCGAGCCUCUUGUGGACGGAGGGGGUGACUAUGAGUCCUUGUUACCCUUACAACACAUGGAGAAAGUGGUCUCUGGGCUGUUGGUGGAAGUGGGCCUGUAUUCCUCCAGGAUGAAGGCCUCUCCACUUGGCAACUCCAAAGAGGAGAUGCAAGAGGGCAACAUGGAUCCUGCUUUAUCCGACGGUGAGGUACCACCCAGGGAAAAUUCAGCCAUUCCCCAACUGGCUAGCUCUAAGAAAAAAGAACCAUCAAAAGAUCGCAGGGAGGACUUUGGUCCAAGUUCUGAUGUUAACACCUGUGAAAAAAUUCCCCUUGGGCUGAAACCUCACAAGUGUGUGGAGUGCGGGAAACGGUUUCACCAGCUGUCUCACCUCAACCGGCACUUGAGAAUCCACACAGGGGAGAAGCCAUACAAAUGUCUGGAUUGUGGGAAAAGCUUCACCCAAGGCUCCUGCCUGCUUGGGCAUCAGAGAAUCCACACAGGGGAGAAAGCCUAUUCGUGUUCCUUCUGCAACAAGAGCUUCAUUUGGAGUUCUGGUCUACACCAGCACGAAAAGAUCCACCUGGGUGAGAAGCCCUACAAGUGCCUCGAGUGUGGGAAAAGCUUCCAACGCAGCUCCGCCCUGACUGAUCACGUGAGGUCCCACACCGGCGAGAAGCCCUACACCUGCUCAGACUGUGGGAAGGGGUUCAGUCAGCACUCAAACCUCAUUGUGCACAGGCGGGUCCAUACAGGGGAGAAACCCUACACGUGCUCAAUCUGCGGGAAAAGUUUCACCCGCACAGCGCUACUUAUGGCACACCUGCGAAUCCACACAGGAGAGAAACCUUACAAGUGUUUGGUGUGUGAGAGGAGUUUCCGGGAGAGACCAGCACUUACAAAACACAAGAAGAUCCACAUGCGAGAGAAUCUAUAUUUAGCUGCGCUGAUGUAUUGGACGGGCCACUUCCUGUUCCUUUCUCUUUCAACCUUCCCCCCCCCCCUCCCCUCCAGUGUGGGAGAUCCUGUCUUUUCCCCAAUUGGUUGUGCAAUCUGGUCAUUGUGCCUCGCUGUGCAAAAGAUCUCCAGCGCAGAAGCUUUUCCUGCAACUUUCAGAUUCUGGAAAUUCAUUACGUCAACAUCUGUAAGGCUUCUCACAGCCAUGGGCGAACAAAUGAGUGGAAAUGAGGAAGUUAUUGAUCUGAAAAGUCCCGAGCCCAUGGACCCAUGUGAGCCAUUGCUGGAAACAGCUCAAGACCUUUCUGGAUUCCCUGACAUGGGAGCAAUCUAUGGGAUUCAGCACAGACCAGAGGGUCCGCCAGACCUCAUCCAAGGCUUAGAAGUUGGUAACCCUGUAGAAAGGACUUCCUACAUAUGCUCCGAUUGUGGUAAAAACUUUUGUAGCAUAUCCAGCCUCAUCAGCCACGAAAAGAGAAACCACUCAAAUCACACAGGAGAGAAGCCGUACAAAUGCGCUGAUUGUGGGAGGAGCUUUCACCAGAGCUCCGACCUCGUCAAGCACGAGAGGAUCCACACGGGAGAGAAGCCGUACCAGUGUUCGGUUUGUGAAAAGCGGUUCAACCAGCGGUCGUAUCUCAUUGUCCACGAAAGGUUCCAUGCCGAAGAGAAGCCGUAUAAAUGCUACCUGUGUGACAAAAGCUUCUGUUCCAAUGCGCACCUCAUGACCCACCAAAGAAGCCACACUGGAGAGAGACCCUAUCAGUGUCCCGACUGUGGCAAAAGGUUCAUCACCAGUUCGAACUUUGUGAAUCACAAGAAGACCCACACGGAUGACAAACCGUACAACUGCUCCCUCUGUGAGAAAAGCUUCAAGCGGAGCUCGAACUUGAUCCAGCAUGAGAGGACACACACGGGCGAGAAGCCCUACUCUUGCCUGACUUGCGGGGAAAAUUUCGCCUCCAAUUCAGGCCUGGUGAAACACCAGAGAAGUCACACAGGAGAAAGGCCUUACAAAUGCUCCUAUUGUGGGAAAUGCUUUAGCCAGAGCAUGAUCCUGACCCAGCACGAAAGAACCCACACAGGGGAGAAGCCGUGCAAGUGUCCGAUGUGUGGGAAAAGUUUCCGUUCCAGCUCGGACCUGGUGAAACACAAGCGGAUUCACACAGGGGAGAAGCCGUACAAGUGCUCUUUGUGUGGGAAAAGCUUCACAACCAGCUCGGACGUCGUGAAGCACGAGAGAACCCACACGGGCGAGAAGCCGUACAAAUGUGGGAUCUGUGGGAAGAGCUUCAGCCAGAGUGCACAUCUCAUGCAGCACCAGAGAAUUCACACAGGGGAGAAACCGUAUACGUGCCUCACCUGUGGGAGAAGCUUUACCUGCAGUGCCCACCUGGUGGUCCACAAAAGAACUCACAAGGAGGUGGACUCCUUACAAACAUAAAAUGUUUUUGUCAGGGCAGAUGAUGGGGAGAGAGAAGGUUCCAACCAGGUCCAACCUCAGGCCAAACUGGACAAUACCUUGUACCUGGGCCAUCAGGAAGUAAUGGGUGGGAGUGCUAUGAAGCCCAAUUCUGCUUGGGAUUGUGACAUGGGAAGAGGAGAGACUUCAGCCUUCCCUCCUCCUAUGUUGUUUUAUCUAG